AUGUCAACUCACGAGGGAUCUCCCAAAAAGGCGAAAGGCUUUAAAAGUCUGACCGUAGAAGCAAAAGCCAGACUCAUCAGGUGGCUCGUACAGACGGAGCCCUGUGUCAUCCCCUUUAUGAAUAUUGUGAAAUACGCACGAGAAGACGAGACGAUCAAGAAGUGGAGACCUGUAAAAGGGAAGCCAGGACACAGGUCCGGCAAGUGGGUAAUUCGGCUGUACAAAAAAGUCUGGGCAGAUGGGGUUGAAAACGGGACAGUGGUCGACAAAGAAUUUCGUCGAAUGAUUGAGGGCUGCGCUGCAAUGGGGAGGGGCAAAAACAUCAAGGAAUGCGUGGAGAAGUUGCGAUCCACAACAGAUCAUUUUGAUCUUGAGAUAGAAGAGGAGAUAGAAGGGGGAAGUGAGAAGAGAAGCGAGGAGGAAACAGGAAGAAUCAACAGCGGAAGUGAUCAUUCCUACGAGGACGGAAGUCUCGCAACCGAUGAGAGUGAAAAAAUGGAUAGCAACAAUGGAAGCGAACAAGUAGAGACUAGCGAGGAGCAGGUUGGCGACGAAGAUGCAAACAACGCAGAAGCCGACGAUCAAAACCAAGCCAACACCCCACAAAUCUCCAAACCCGAGAAACGCGGACGUCGAUCACAUGGCGAAUCGAGUAGAUCUAGUAGUGGAGGAACAGCGCAAGUUGAACACUCUGGUAUGGGUGAGGUGGCAUUGAAGAAUAUGUUGAAGAAUCGCACGAAGAGUCAGAAGAAGAAACAGAAAACAGGGGAUGGGCAAGACGGUGAGUUGGAUGGUGAGUUGGACGACGAGCAAGAGGCCGGGGAAAUCUCUUGGCUUUAA